GUGGCCACCUCCAGACCGGGACCCUCUCAGGCCCAGGGCCGCACCCCCCUGGGACAUUUGUGCUUCCCAGUGCGCACGGACUCAGGGCGCCUCGCCCUGCGGCCCCGCACUCUCCCCUGGGACGGCUACUUCUGCGUCAAGCUGCCUGGGCCCCAGGGCGCCUGGACACUGGGUCAGGCACCCUGGACGUGUCCGUGGCGGUGUUUCUGGAUGAGGUUAACCUUCGCAUCAGCAGACUUGGAGCAGCCGAUGGUGCUCCUCCGUGUGGGUGGGCCUCGCCCCCAUCAGUGGAAAGCCCCCUAGAACAAAGGGGCUCAGAUAGAAAAGAGGGAGCUCCCAUUGCCUCGGCGCCCCUGAGCCGGAGACGGACCCUUGUUUCUGUCCCCCACCUCUGGACUCACACUGGAACGUCAGCUGUCCCUGGGGCUCGAACCUGGCGGCCUCGGGCUGGACCCACGCCGCUGGCUCUCUGAGUCUCCAGCUUGCCAUCGGCACGCAUCGGGACUUGCCAGGCUCCGUCACUGUGGGGGCCGGCGCCUCACCAUAACAACUCAGUCCCCAUCACCACCGCUCCCUCCGUGUGCGUGUAUCCCACUGGUUGUAUUUCCCUGGAGAACACUGACCUCCCGCGUGUUAAAAUCAACUUCGGGGAAGAAACAAAUCUUAGAUAGUACAAUGGUUUGUAACCUCCAAAGUUCAACCGCACCAGACAAACUCUUAUUUAGUACUUUUUUUCCAUCUGAAUUUCUCAGUGUUCCGUCGGGGGAGAUAAUGGAAAACAAAGGCUGAGAACCACUGCUUUCUGGCUUUGCCUCACCUGUCUCCCAGGGGCACUGUCCCCGACCCCUACCAGCCUGUCCCGAGUGUCCUGGCCACCAACUUUGCUUCUCUGACAUCCGUUCUUGACACAACAGCCAGAGUUCUUUAAAAAAAUAUACGUCCCAUUAAAAAAGCUGCUAUCAGAUAUCAUAAAACACGGAGGAACCUAAAAAUAUAGAUCUAUGCCCUGCCAUGACACGCCCUGUUCAAAACCCUCCGCCUGGUGGGGGCCCGGCUUCUGCUGCUUCCCCUCGCUCCAGUGCUGGCGGCUUCUGCAGGGCCCUGGGACAGGCUGAGCUCUCCCCUGCUCCAGGUUCUCGCCUCACUAGGAGCCCUUGGCUUGCGAGUGACUGGCGCUGGCUCGGCUCACCUCCUCGGGGAGGCGUCCCCUGUCCCCAGGCCCCAGAGGGACUCUCAACUGUAUCACACUUGGGCCACUUCUGCCUUGUAACCUGGGCUCUGCCGUUGAUUAUCUGGGUGACUUUGGGCAAAUCCCUUAAUGUGUGUGAACUUCAGUUUCUCAUCCAUAAAAUGGGCCAGGGGUGCCCUUCUCGAGUGGGUGGGUGUGCCGGUCAGAUGAAAGGAUACAGCUGCAGGCAGGGUGGCUGGUGUAUAGUGGCUUGACGAAUUGCCAUUUGUACGUCAUUCAUUCACCCAGCAAGUACUGGACUGGUGAGUGCCCAGCCCUUGCUUGGCAGGAGCUGGGGUUCACAGGUGCAGGAGGCGUGCCCUCCCCUCAUCCCCUGAGACUUUUCUCUGGGGAUACUGCUGAACACCCCGAUCCCAUGUCACGGUGCUAUGACAUCUUGGAGGCUGAGGGAGAAGGGACUGUCUGACCCCAGCCUGUGUGGGGUGGGGGACAGUCCGAGACAUCAUUCACCUGGGGGGCUGCUGAAGGAAGACUGCCGGGCAGGAUACAGGUAUUAGCUCGUUGUGGUUGUGGCAGGAAGGAUGGGUCGGAGGGUACCAGGCUGUGGUUGCAGCUGGGCGAGGCCGAGGCCAUGAGGCCCUCCGGCCCAGAGCUAACAGCUAUAGGGCCCUGGAAAGGGUGCAGAUGGAGGCCCUCCCACCAACAUCCAGUGCCAAGCUCGGCUGCCUCUCUGGCCUGUGACUACCUCCGGACCCAAGGAAGGGAAAACGCGUCUCGGUGUUUGGAUAAGUGGGGCCCUGUAGAGCGUAGGGCCCACGCAAGGCCCCACCCUGGUCUAAGGGCAGAGCUAUGCCUGGGGCUUGUGGUGGUGGACGAGAUCCAGGCAGAGGGCGCUGGAGGCCCGAGGGUCUGGCCGGGCUCGGUCUGCGCGACUCCUUUUAACUUCGGCGUGAACCACAGAGCCCCAGCCUACCCUGCCGGGGACUACUGCCUGCUGUGCCGGAGCGAGCGGACAGACUCCUCCUUCCCGGAGGGCGGGGCGAAGGCUGCGAACAAACCGGCCCUUCCCGCGGCGCCCAAGGGCCACAACGUGCUGCACCUGCCGCUCUGGGUGUGCCCGGACUGCCGGCGGACCGUGGAGCAGGAGGAGAGGCGCAGCAGCCUGGACCAGCCGGCGGGCCAGGACUUCCUGCUGCACAGCCCUCUGGGCGGGGCCCCGGCGGAGGCAGGCGGCGGGAGGCUGGGUCUGGGUCCCCAGCCGCUGCCCUCGGACACGGCGUGUGCUUGUGAUGCCUGCAGCGAGCGCAGGGAGAUCCCGGCGGCGGAGCCGGACCGCGAGCCGCAGCAGCUGCAGAACUACUGGUCCGAAGUGCGCUACAUGGUCCGCUGCAUCUACCGCCAGGCGGGGACCCCGCUGGCAGACGACCAGGACCAGUCCCUGGUGCCUGACAAGGAGGGGGUGAAGGAGCUCGUGGAUAGGCUCUGCGAGAGGGACCCCUACCAGCUGUAUCAGCGGCUGGAGCAGCAGGCCCGAGAGUACGUGCUGGAGAUGAAGGUCCGCCUGCUGCGGCAGCUGUCGGCCGCGGCCCGCGUGCGGGCGCCGUCCGGCCCGCAGGGCCCGCCUCAGGCCCACCAGUUCGUCUCCCUGCUGCUGGAGGAGUACAGCGCCCUCUGCCAGGCGGCCCGCACCAUCAGCACCUUCCUCGACACGCUGGAAAAUGAGCACUUGAAAAAGUUCCAGGUGACAUGGGAACUGCACAAUAAGCACCUGUUUGAAAAUCUGGUCUUUUCGGAGCCCCUUCUCCAGAGCAACCUGCCAGCACUGGUGUCUCAAAUCAGGCUGGGCACCACGACGCACGACGCCUGCGGCGAGGACGCCUACAGCACCUUGCUGCAGCGAUACCAGCGCUCCGAGGAGGAGCUGCGCGGCGUCGCCGCCGAGUGGCUGGAGUGCCAGAAGCGGAUCGACGCCUACGUCGACGAGCAGAUGACGGUGAGGACCAAGCCGCGCGCGCUGGCAGAAGACUGGGAGGUUUUCAGGCAGCGGCGGUUCCUCGAGGAGCAGUUAACCAGCAAGAAGGCGGUCACGGGUGAGAACAACUUCACGGACGCCGUGAGGCAGGUGCUGUCAUCCCGGCUGAGCGUGCCCGACUGCCCCAGCUGCCACUACCGCAGAAGGUGUGCCUGUGACGACUGUAGCCUCUCGCACAUCCUCACGUGUGGCAUCGUGGACCCCCCCGUCCCGGGUGACACCCACGCCCACCAGCUGCCGCUGCAGGCGGGCUCCGCUCCAGACUGCGUCUCUGAGAUGCGCCCGCCCAGCGCGUCGUCCGCGAGCUCGGGGUCGGGCUCCAGCUCCCCGGUCGCCGUGCAGCAGCGCCCCAGACUCGUCCUCGCGGACAGCGGCCCCACACCAGCCUUCUGCAGCGACGACGAAGACGCGGCCCCACUGCCGGCCACGUGUGCGGACAUCUACCCGCUGACCAGCUACAGCGACGCCGAGGUGGCGGCCAGCAUGAACGGGCUGCACAGCGAGUUGAACGGCGGUGGGGAGAACAUGGCCCUGAAGGACGAGUCCCCGCAGGUGAGCAGCAGCAGCAGCAGCAGCAGCAGCGGCAGCUCCUCAGAGGCCGACGACGAAGAGCCGGAUGGCGGGAGCAGCGGGGAGCCCCCCGGAGCCCCGCAGGAAGGCACGGCCCUGGGGAACGGGAACCCCAGGACGGAGGACAGCAAAGCGGACAGUCCCCCCCCAUCUUACCCCGCGCAGCAGGCCGAACAAGCCUCGAACACCUGUGAAUGCCACGUCUGCAAGCAGGAAGCUUCCGGACUGCCGCUGUCGGCCAUGACGGCCGGAGCCCUUCCGCCCGGCCACCAGUUCCUGAGCCCGGAGAAGCCCACGCACCCCGCCCUGCACCUGUACCCCCACAUCCACGGGCACGUGCCCUUGCACACCGUGCCCCGCCUGCCGCGCCCUCUGGCCCACCCCACCUUGUAUGCAGCGCCCCCCUUCACGCACAGCAAGGCUUUACCGCCAGCACCUGUUCAGAAUCACACGAAUAAGCAUCAGGUAUUCAAUGCAUCUCUUCAAGACCAUAUUUACCCGAGCUGCUUUGGGACUGCUCCAGAGUGGAACAGUUCUAAGUUUAUAAGUCUUUGGGGAUCAGAAGUGAUGAAUGAUAAGAACUGGAGUCCUGGCACUUUCUUGCCAGAUACAAUUUCUGGCGGGGACGUGCUCGGGCCGACGCUCUCGGAGACGAGACUGGACGCCCUCCCGCCUCCGGUGAGCAACGGCGCGCCUGCGGCUUUGGACUGUAAGGAGAAGAACAUUGCUGCAAAGAAGAAAUGUUUGUACAAUUUCCAAGAUGCUUUCAUGGAAGCAAACAAAGUGGUGAUGGCCACCUCGUCUGCCACCUCCUCCGUGUCCUGCACGGCCACCACGGUGCAGUCGAGCAACAGCCAGUUCAAGGUGUCGUCCAAGAGGCCUCCGUCCAUAGGCGAGGUCUUCCACGGCAUCGGCAAGGAGGAGCACCGGCACGCCGUGCCCGCCGCCCCGAGGAGCAGCCCCACGGGCCUGGCCCCGCUCCCCGCGCUCGCCCCCGCCACCCUCUCUCCGGCCCCCACGCCUCACCUGGGGAACCUCGCAGCCCCCGCCUUCCCCAAACCUGCGGCCCCGUCCCCGGGGUUUGGGGAUUCGCGCAAGAGCUUCUGUCCUGCUUCAGCGGCACCCCCACCCCCCCCCGCGGACGGCUCCGUCAGUGCACCUCCAAGUGUCUGCAGCGACCCCGACUGCGAAGGGCACCGCUGCGAGAACGGCGCGUACGACCCGCAGCAGGACGAGGGGGACGAGAGCGCCGACGAGGACAGCUGCUCGGAGCACAGCUCCAGCACGUCCACCUCCACCAACCAGAAGGAGGGCAAGUACUGUGACUGCUGCUACUGUGAAUUCUUCGGGCACGGCGGGCCCCCCGCUGCACCAACAAGUAGAAAUUACGCAGAAAUGAGAGAGAAGCUUCGCUUGCGGCUGACGAAGAGGAAGGAGGAGCAGCCGAAGAAGGCCGGCCAGCUGCCGGAGCGCGAGAGCGUGGUGGACCACCGCCGGGUGGAGGACCUGCUGCGCUUCAUCAACAGCUCCGAGACCAAGCCCGUGAGCAGCUCGCGGGCCGCCAAGCGGGCGCGGCACAAGCAGAGAAAGCUGGAGGAGAAGGCGCGCCUCGAGGAGGAGGCCCGGGCCCGGGAGCACGCCCACGCCCACGCCCAUGAGGAGCAGCGGCCGGCGCCAGAGGAGGACGCGCGGCUGGCGGAGGAGCUCCGGCGGCUGCAGGAGCUGCAGAAGCUCCGAGCCGUGAAGAAGAAGAAGAAGGAGCGGCCGGCUAAAGACUGUCCCAAGUUGGACGUGCUGGCGGGGACUCUGCAGGCGGCGGCGGGGCCAGGGCCCGACCCCGUGCACUUGCACAACGGCUCCCUGGGGCCGGCCGAAGAGCGGGAGCCCUCCCCACCCUCCCCGCCCAGACGCAGCGCCCACCCAGAGCCCGGGCUGGGCACGGACGGCGACUCGGCGGACCCCAGGGACUCCACGCUUCUCCUGCCCGAGGGGGUCGGCGGGAAGCAGCAGGAGCCGCUGUCCUUUCUGCUGGACAUCAUGCGUCACCACAAGGCGGGGACCGGCAAACAGAAGCCGAAACAGGCUGGGAAGGCGGGCAGCGAGCCGGGCGGGAGGCCCACAGAGCCCCCCAGGCCUUCGGAGGGCCAGCCCAGACCCCGGCCGCAGACUGAGCCGAAGGUGAAAGCGCUGGACCUCAGCCCCCCGGUGGAGCCGAAGAGAGAGGAGAGGAAAGCCAACAGCAACAACAACAACAAGAAGCAGCUGAACCACGUCAAGGAGGGGAAGGCGAGCCCGGGCCCCACAGAGCCGGCCUGCGCCGGCGAGCACCCGCCGGGCAGCAAGCUGGUGCUGGCCGACUCGCCCCAGCCCAGGGGCAAGAGCAAGAAGGGCCGGAAGAAGAAGGGGGACAGAGCCGGCAGCUCUCUCGACGACGUGUUUCUGCCCAAGGACAUCGACCUGGACAGCGUGGACAUGGAUGAGACGGAGCGGGAAGUGGAGCACUUCAAAAGGUUCUGUUUGGACUCCGCCAGGCAGACCCGACAGAGACUGUCAAUCAACUGGUCCAACUUCAGUUUGAAAAAGGCCACCUUCGCCGCCCACUGAAGGAGGGCCAUGCCGGCGCCCGAGACCAGCCGCCGCCCGGAGGCGCCGCCCGGCCGGCCCCCGGCGCCCGUGCGUGUCGUCUGUGCCCCCGUGCCCGUCGCUCCCGCCGCCUCCUCCGCCCCCGGGGCCGGGGCCUGGCCGCAGCCGGAGACGGGUCCGCACCACCCUCGUGGCUCCCUGGCCUCUGCACCGCGCCGCCCCGUCGUCUGUCCCUGAGGGCGACGCUGCCGCCACGCCGCUCCCGCCUGGGGGUGGGCGGGCGGGCGCCAGUCUCCACAACCUGCUGUUAAGAGUGUGCACGUCGCACUGUGUGUGUCUGACCCCCGACGCGUAGCCAGCUUGUGUAAGACCCUGCAGAGUGGGACUGUUCCAGCGAGCCCACCCAGUACUCACCGUCCAGUCCGUUAGAGUGUCCGACUGUAUUAACACGGGCCUGCCUGGCUACUUUUUAACAUAUUGUUAAGUAAUAUUAAAAUCAUGUCUUUCUUUUUGAAAGAUGGAAUACAUUAGUACAGCAGAA